AUGGCAGCUUACAAUCGUGGUGAAUCAGGAUAUGUAGAUAUUGAUAGACGGGGAGAAAAUGUUUCAGAACAUGUAUAUGGUGUACCACAAAUUCAUCCUACUGAUUAUAAUAAUGGUGAUCAGUAUUUCAAUAAAUAUCAAUUUCGUAAAUCAUCAUAUGAAGGACAUUUAGCUGGUGAAGAAAAUAUUUCUAUAGCUAGUGAAAAUAAGGCAUGGGAUAUCUUUCGAUUAUUACCACCACCAGCAGAUAAAAAAGGAAAAGGAUUUUGGCAUGAAAUGAGUUUACAAGGAUUAAAAAUUGCAACAUUUUUUAUAUUAUUUUUUUUAACACUUGGAAGUGCUGUUGUAGCAAAAAGUAGUUUUCUUCUUAUGACAUCUGCUAUAGGAUUUGCUGGUAAAAAUAUGAGUAUAUGUAGUGAUAUUAUACCAGAAGGAUCGCAAACAUCAGUUUUUAUUUCACCUAAACAUGUUUCAAAAUGGAUAUGGGCUGUAUUAUUAUCACUCUGUGCUCCUGAAUUAUUGUGUUUUAUACGAUCAUUUCAUAGAACAUUAUUUAGAAAUGUUAAAAGACCAACAAUGCUUCAAUUUUUUGUAGUACUUUUUAUUGAAUCUAUUCAUGCUGUUGGUAUGGGAAUAUUGGUCUUUUAUAUUUUUCCUGAAUUUCCUGUUGAGAUUGGUGUUAUGCUUUCAAAUGCCUUAUGUCUUGUACCAUCAAUUUUAGCAGUUUUAUCAAGAAAAGCAUAUAAAUUAACAAUGGUACUUGUUAUAAUUGAUGGUUGUGCUAUUGCAAUACAAAGUUCUGGAUUUUGGGCAUGGCCAGUUUUAGUUCCUGAAGUUGGUAGUAAAGCACUUCUUAUAUCUGUUACACUUACAAUGAUAUCAUUAGGAUGGUGGCAAAAUUUUGUUCAUGUAAAUUCAAUGCUACCUCCAAUGAGAUCACUAGCACAAUUUGCAUCAAAAUUAACUGAAAAAAAAUCAAAAACUUAUGUUUUUGUUUCAUUAUGGAAAUGUGGUAUAUAUACAUUAUGUAUGUUUAUGUUUUUACAAUCUAAAAUGGAAACAAAAGAUAUAAUGCAAAAAGAUCCUUUUGGUGAAAAAAUUAUUACUAUAACAGCAUAUAAUAUGAAUGAAACACAAAUACAAAAAUUUCAUCAUCGUAUGGAAAAUUUAAUUAGAGAUAUGGAUAAUUUUGAUGCUUUUUCAACAAAUUCUGAUAAUAAUAAUAAUAAUAAUAACAUUGAAGAUGAAAAUGAUGAAAUAGAUAAUUUUGAUCAAGAAGAAGUAACAACAAUUAAAGUAACAACAACAUCAAAAAAAGAUGAAGAAAAAAAGAAUAAUAUUAAUAUAAUUUCUGAUGAUGGUGAUGAUGAUUUAAAAGAAAGUAUUAAAAGAUUUAAACGUCGUGUUCAUAUAAAUGAUAAAUUAAAACCAGAACCAGAAGAAGAAGAGGAAUUUACACCAUAUUUAAUUUAUGAUAAUUUUGUUCAAUUAAAUCUUUAUACAAGUCAAUAUGAUGCUUUAUGGGUUGCAUUAAUACAAAUAUCAUCUGUUGUAAUAUUUUAUCAUAGUUCUAAAUUUGCCUGUAAAGUAAUGAUGCAACGUAUGGGAUUUGCCUUACCAACAGCAUUAUCUGUUCCAGCCACAGUUUUAUUAUUAUCUACAACAUGUAAAAAAAGAUAUGAAAAUUCAUGUCAUAUGUCAAAUAUUAUUGCUAAAGAAUUAUUUUGGAAAUGUCAAGAUGAACCAGUCUCUGCAUUUGACAUUGAUUUUUGGCUUCAACCACAAACAUGGAUAUGGCUUUGUUGGUUAGGUUCACAAAUAUGGGUUACUAUACAUUUAUGGAAUCCUAAACAUGAAAGACUUGCAAAAACAGAAAAAUUAUUUAUCAAUUCACAUUUAUCAGCUGCCUUUUUUGAUCAAACAUUAGCAUUAAAUCGUCGUAGUGAUGAUAAAGCUAAAAUUAGAACAGAGGAUCUUGAAUUAGAUGGUGAAGAUAAUAAUCAAACAUAUGAAACAAUUACUGGUUUUGGUCCACCUAAACCACCACCUAGUGUAUAUAGUACAUCAUCCUCAAAAUUAGAAUCAGGAUUAAUAAGAGAGACAGCAAGUGCAGCAGAUGCUAUUACAAAAAUUUAUGCUUGUGCUACAAUGUGGCAUGAAAGUCCAUUAGAAAUGACAUGUAUGUUAAAAUCAAUCUUUCGUUUAGAUGAAGAUCAAAGUGCUAGAAGAAAUGCACAAAAAUAUUUAAAAGUUAUUGAUCCUGAUUAUUAUGAAUUUGAAGCACAUAUAUUUUUUGAUAAUGCAUUUGAUGAAAAUGAUUAUGGUGAACCUGUAUUAAAUAAAUAUGUUAAUCAAUUAAUUGAAAAAAUGGAUGAAGCAGCAAGUGCUGUACAUCAAACACAAAUGAGAUUACGUGUACCAAAAAAAACAUCAACACCAUAUGGUGGAAGAAUUACUUAUACAUUACCUGGAAAAAAUAGAUUAUUAGUUCAUUUAAAAGAUAAAAAUAAAAUAAGACAUCGUAAACGUUGGAGUCAAGUUAUGUAUCUUUAUUAUCUUUUAGGAUAUAGAUUAAUGAUGAAAGUUGAAGAUCAAGCUAGAAAAGAAGUUAUAUCAGAAAAUACAUUUAUUUUAACUUUAGAUGGUGAUGUUGAUUUUACUCCACAAUGUGUACAUCUUCUUGUUGAUCUUAUGCGUAAAAAUAGACGUCUUGGUGCUGCAUGUGGUCGUAUUCAUCCUCGUGGUUCUGGUUUAAUGAUAUGGUAUCAAAAGUUUGAAUAUGCUGUAGGUCAUUGGUUACAAAAAGCUACUGAACAUAUGAUUGGUUGUGUAUUAUGUUCACCAGGAUGUUUUUCAUUAUUUCGUUCAUAUGCUUUAAUGGAUGAUAAUGUAACUAGAAAAUAUGCUUUAAAAUCAGAAAAUCCUUUAGAUUAUAUACAAUAUGAUCAAGGUGAAGAUCGUUGGUUAUGUACAUUAUUAUUACAAAGAGGAUAUCGUGUUGAAUAUUGUGCUGCAUCAGAUGCUUUAACAUUUGCUCCAGAAGGUUUUGCUGAAUUUUUUAAUCAAAGACGUCGUUGGAUUCCAUCAACAAUUGCUAAUAGUUUUGAUUUAGUAAAAGAUUAUAAAAAUGUUGUUUCUGUUAAUGAAUCAAUAUCAAUAUGGUAUAUUAUUUAUCAAUGUAUUAUGCUUGUUUCAUCAAUUCUUGGACCUGGAUCAAUUUUUUUGAUGGUAGUUGGUGCUAUAUCAAUUUCAUUUAAUAUUGAUAUGACAUUAGCAUUAAUAGUUGUUGCUAUACCUGUUGGAUUAUUUUCAAUAGCAUGUUUAACAUUACCUCAAGAAAAACAAUUAUUAUUAGCGGAAAUUAUAGGUUGUCUUUUUGCAAUGUUAAUGACAGCUGUAAUAGUUGGUACAUCACUUCAAAUACAAAAAGAUGGAAUUAUGUCACCACAUUCUAUUUUCUUAUUUUUUGUUAUAGGAUCAAUUGCAACAGCAGCAAUUCUUCAUCCACUUGAAUUUGAUUGUGUUAUACCAGGUGUUUUAUAUUUCUUAUCAAUUCCAUGUAUGUAUCUUUUAUUACCAAUAUAUUCAAUAUGUAAUGUUAAUUGUGUUACUUGGGGUACCAGAGAAGAUCCUGUUAAUAAAGAAAAAGAAGAAAAAGAAUCUGGUUUAAAAGGUGCAUGUACAAAUAUUUGUCAAAUGAUGUGUUGUUAUGAUCCAAAUAAAAGUGAAAAUAAUCCUCAUUUAUGGAAAAUAAAUGAAACACUUCAAGAAAUUACUAGAAAAUUAGAUGAUAUAGAAAAAAAAUCUGUUGGAAAUAAUAAUAAUUUUUCAAGUAGAAAAGAUAUUUCUAAAUAUAAUGAUAAUGAAGAAGAUGAACCAGCUGAAGAAGAAGAUGACAAAGAUCUUCAACGUCAAUCACAAGCUGCAAUGAGAAAUAAAAAAUGGAAACAGACAAAUGAUGAUACAUGGCUUACAGCACAAUCAUUAAGAAGAGCAGAAAGAGAAUCAUUAGAGACAGAAGAAGAAUCAUUUUGGCAUGAUGUUAUUAAUAAAUAUCUUUAUCCAUUAGCUGUUGAUCCAAAGGAACAAGAACGUGUUAAUAAGGGUUUAAUUGAUUUAAGAAACAGAUCAGUUUCAGGAUUUUUUAUGUUAAAUGUUGUCUUUAUCAUUAUUGUUCUUGUUCUUCAACUUCAAAAGGAUUGCCUUCAUAUUGAAUGGCCAUUUGGUCCUAAAUAUAAUCAUACUAUUACUCCAUGUAAUACAGAUACAAGAAAAGAGAUAUGGGUUGUAACAAGACUUCAAUUAGAACCUAUAGGACUUGUUUUUCUUGUAUUUUUCAUGUCAAUUUUAGUGAUACAAUUUUUUGCAAUGUUAAUGCAUCGUUUUGGUACAUUAGCACAUAUUAUUGCUUCAACAGAAUUAUUCUGUUUUAGGAAACCAUUAGACAAAUUAAGUGAAGAAGAUUUAGUUGUUCAAAAUGCUGUUGAGAUAGCUAGAGAGUUACAAGCAAUAAGAGGUGUAGAUGAAGUUGAACAACAACCUAUUUCAGAAGAAAAAGGUAUUAGUCGAAGGAGAGUUGUUCAAAAUUUGGAAUCAUCUCGAAAAUCUGUAAUGAAACGUAAAACAGAAACACUAGAUGCAGCAUUUAAAAAAAGAUUUUUUGCUUUAUCAAGUGAUGCAGCACACGAUGAACCAUUAGGAUUUAGUGGAAGAGAGAAACGUUUAACAAUGAGAAAAGGAACUAUUAGAGCUUUAGAACAGAGAAGAGAUUCAUUAUUUGGAACAUUAGAUAAACGACAAGAAAGAAAUUUAGUAUCACAUCUUCAAGAUAAUGAACAUGGUAAUAAUAGAGGUCCUGCACAAAGACGACUGGAACGUCUUGAUAGAAUAUUCCCACAACAAGACUCUUCUAAUAACUCGCAAUAUCACAAUGAAAGGUCUGCUAAUUCAACACCAUCAUCAUAUCUUCAAUAA